GACUGUUUGAUGGUCAAUGCUAUGGCACUAUCUGCUGAACUACAUAUAUGUUGUUACUAGUGAACCAUGUGUGGGAGAACUAGCUGAAGUAAGACAAGGCUCCUGAACAUCUCUUCCUAUGGUAGUGUGCCAAUAGGGACCAUUUAGGAUUUCACAUACUUACUGUGUACAGUAUGAGGAUAUGGGAAUUUUACAGUAAGAAAUAGAAUGCUUUACAAGACUGGCAGUAAUGAUCAAUCAACUGGGGAAAGAUAAGUUUACUAAUGAUUGUCAAGUGUUGCUGCUUUUCUCAUCUGAUAAACAAGAAUAUAGUUAGUUGAUGACAUAUUAUUGUAGAAAAAAUCAUAUAGAAAGAUUUAUGGGAAAAUAAUUAUUGAAAAGAUGCAACAUUUUGUCCAAUGAGAUAAUUAGUAAUCCAUGGCUUGUUUUCAGUGUGACACUAUAUGCAGAGUUUCUUCCUGCACAUCAAAGGGGAAAAUGUGUUGUUCUUCUUGAUUGUUUCUGGGCAGUGGGGGCAUGUGCUGAGGUGAUCCUGGCACUGUGGGUCAUGCCACAUCUCGGCUGGAAUGGACUUUUAGCUCUCUCCAUAAUUCCACUGGUGCUCUUUGUUAUUGUGUGUGAGUGGCUGCCUGAGAGUGCUCGGUUUGAUGCCACAUCAGGAGACUCAGAGAAAGCGUUAGCAACUCUGCAGAAGAUUGCUGAUGAAAAUGGCAAGCCCAUGUUGCUUGGCCGCCUCAUUGUGGAUGACGUGGCACAGAUGAAUCGUGGCCGCAUCAGGGAUCUGCUAGUGCAGGAUCUCAAGUGGACAACCCUGCUUCUCUGGUUCAUUUGGUGAGGCCAUGACUUUGCUAGAGUUACUAAUACCAUCUUGAACUGGUAAUUUGUACAUUAUUUACCAACUUGUACUUUAAAACAUAAAUGUAAGGGUACUGUAUAUGGUUAUGAAGACCUGGCAGUAGGCAGUAGCUCCAGAAAGUCCCAGUCAUGACCAAGGCUCAAAGCUAGGGACACUUAGCAUUUUGGUUAGAUGUGCUACUACCUGAGCUAAUAUGCUUGUACUGCAUCUUAUGAGACCCACACUACAUUUGUGAGUACAUCUUUCCAGUCUUUCUUUCAAUUACUGUAUAUUUUUACUAAUACCCAUUUCAUAAAAUACACUGGCAGGCAGAACAUGGCUUGACUUGCACAUUUCACAGCCAAGCUGUAGAAAUGCUACCAUUUUAGUCUAGCAUUGCUGUAAAACACAAUGGAUUAGUCUGCUUUUUUUGUUUUUAUUCUCACAAGGAGGCAAGCAUGAUGUC